AAAUUUUGGUAAACGUAACCUUAGGAAGUGGAAGAGAAAAAAAAAUGUGGAUAACUAUUAGCAAACACCUUCUAACGACCCUUGUCACCUCUCCUAGAUUCAUCCUAUGGCGAUGAAACAUUGAAACCCAAUCCUACAAACCUUAAACCAAAUCCUUAAAUCCACCAAAUAAAAUGGCCUUAAGAUGUUCCUUUACCUUUUCACGCUCUACUUUCUUCCACCAGCACUCUCAGUCCACCCAUGCUUCUUCCAGAAUCUUCGUCUCAAUCUUGCUCCCCAAAUCCACUUCACUCACUUGCAUUCAUGAAUUCCACAAAGAUAUGCACUUUGCACCAUCUUUUAGCAAGAGGAAUCUCAACUUCGCCCUUCUUCUCACAAUGUUUCUGUGGGGUCAGGCUGCGCCGUUGCCAAAUAUGGGUGAUGCACUCUUGUUGGCUCAAGAAUUGGAGCUUCAGAGAUACACCGAUUCCGAGGAAGGUUUCACUCUUCUCACACCCUCUUCUUGGGCUAAGGUUGAUAAAGCAGGGGCAACUGUGUUGUUUGAAGAGAAAACUAUGGGAAGUAACAAUAUUGGGGUUGUUGUAAGCCCAGUUCGUCUUAAGACUCUUGAAGAGUUUGGGACACCUCAGUUCGUUGCUGAUAAGCUCUUACAAGCCGAAAAACGUAAGGAAAGUACAAAGGAAGCUGAAUUGAUUACAGUAGCAGAAAGAUCAGGAGAGGGAGGAUUGCAAAUUUAUGAAUUUGAAUACAAGGUAGAUAGUACUCGUGGAGGGAUGAAGAGGAUAUUUUCUGCAGCAUUUGUGCUCUCAAAGAGGCUCUAUCUUUCUAAAUAUGUUCUCACUCUGUAAACCAGAGAGUUCCAUUUUCUUGAUCCGCAUCAUAGACGAAAGAUUUAGAGCAAGUUCUUCAUUCCUUUGUAUGCGCUGCUUUAAAUUGUGGCGGAUCAAAAAUUUCGUUCUUCUGAUUUUUUUUUUCACAUUCUUUCGCUUGAGUUUGAUUUGAUUCCCAGUUAUGGCUAAUGAGUUAUGUUCAAUCUUUUACACACUACUAUCAACUGAUAUUGAGUGAAAGGGCAUAAACAGAAGAAGGUUUAUGUAUUUACAUUAUAUCAUGCGAU